UUGAACCGCGGACUAUGAGAAGGGUGUGAAUGCGCCGACAGCCUGCGCGUGUUGCGGUGAUGGAGAACAUCGAGGAGUCUUCGCCCCUCCGGAUCACCCCGACCGUCCGGGCGCUGAGCUCCGCACUGCGGGGGAAGCGCGAACAGGUCCCCGACUCCGGGCCGCUGGACGGCGAGGGGAUCUCGCCUGACACGGAGAAGCUCUGGUUCAAGGAGAGCAGCGCUAAAAACCUGCGCAACAGAGACUUCUUGUCCCCGACCACGAUGCUAAACACGCUGUUUGCGGGCGGGCAGGUCCCUCCAUCGGUGAUGUCCAGAGUACUGAGCCUCUGUGGGAGUGGGAUUCUCCCUGUGGCUGCUGGGGAGGUGACGGGUGAGGGGCUGAGGGUGAGGGUGGACCGGCCCGCAGCCUUCAAGGCGGUCCUGGCAGACGGAGCCACCGAGUACCGGAAGCCCUCAGGCCGGAGACAAGGCUGCUUGGUGCUCAACUGCCCCGCGCUGCACCCAAAACCCAACACACCCACCCCCGAUACCCUGACUCUGGGCCAGCUGAGGACUAUUCUGUUGGCCGACCACAUGGGGGCGCUGCUGAGGAGACAGGGGUUUGCAGUGUCCUAUUGCCCCACGCUUCCCGAAGACAGCGACAUCAUCGCCUUCCUCCGAGCCCUGGGCAUUGAUUGGCCGACGGCACCGGCCAACUGGACCAACGAGGAGCGGGAGGAGAAGAUCCAGGAGGCUCUGGAGAGCUCCCCGUACAGGGAGAGGGAAACGGAGAGGGGCAGGAGGACCAGCGGCGGCGGCGGCGGGGGAGGGAGGAAGGCGGAGGAGGGGGAGAACGACGGAGCUCUCAGGGUCAACCUGAAACGAGUGUUCCAGGAGGAGGGGCUGCUGGGAUACGACCCCAGCCUCGGCACCUGCGUAGUACACAAAGACAGUGUUUCUCAACUGGCCCAACUGGAACUCGCCACUGCCAACUGCACAGUAGCCACGGCAACAGCGUUACAUGUGACUUCCUGUCAAGACGAGUUCCGUCAGCAGCAGAUAGCAGUGCUGUGGAGAGCCAGUGGAGCAACACACACACAGAGACAUCUGGUGUGUGGGCCUGUGAAGACUCCUGGCUCUCACCUCACGGCUGCACAAUAUCUGCAGCUGAGAAGAGGUCAGAUGAAGGAGGCCUCGGAGAUGAAGUAUGGAGAUCAAGUAGAAGGUCAGACGUGGGACGACAUAAUCAGGGUCAUGACCUCUGCCACGGUCAGAUUUGAGCUGCUGUCGACGGUCCACACCAGUCCUGUGACGCUGGACGUCCAGCGAGAAGGGGGCGUGUCCACCAAAGGGCCGAGGGGAGGAGUGUUCGUCAUGUAUAACUGUGCCAGGCUGCACACUCUGUUCGACAGCUACGAGAGAGGAGUGGAGAAGGGUUUAUACCCUGAAAUCCCUGAAUGCUCCCAGCUAGACUUCACUGCUCUGAAAGAAGAGGGCGAGUGGCUUCUCCUCUUCAAUUACCUCAUCCCCUUCUCCGAGCAGCUGGACCAAUCAGGACACGCGUUGGACUGUGAAGGAGGCGGAGCCAGAGUCAACAUUAAGACCGAACAGAUCUGUAAGUUCCUGGUGUCUCUCAGCAAAGACUUCAGCUCGUACUACAACAGAGUCCAUGUGCUGGGGGAGCCGUUGCCUCAUCUUUUCAACCAGAUGUUUUGUCGUCUGCAUCUGUUGGCUGCGCUGCGAGAGCUUUACCACUGCGCGCUGGACACCCUGAACCUUCCCCCCAUCCGGCAGCUAUAGCUUAGUCCCAAACUCCGUCACCCUGUGAUCACUACUUCUCUAGCACUCGUAGCUGUAUCUCGUACAUCUUUCUCAGCUAAGGCGGUCGGCUUUUCCCUCAUUUUUGUCUGACUAUUUGUGACCUGCGAUCCGUUCCGUGGUGCUGGCCGACAAAUAGCUGCAAACACGGGAUUUAUUUUUCUGUUUACGCCCUGAUAGAUCAUUUUCAAUUCUGCUCCAAUGGGCACAAAUAACCCACAUAAGUGAGCCACCUUUUUAAAUUUCCACAAUAUCAUCACACACACACACACACUUUACAUUGCUAAAGGUCUCUUUGAAACACAAACAUCUUGGUCACUGGCUGAAGAAAGUGUUUUGCUUUUACUAAGCAAAAGUGUUAACGGUCCCAUUUCAUGUAUGUUACCCACCUUGUAUUUAUCAAUGCCACACAAAUAUUUAUGGUCGUUUAAAGAAAAAAAAAAAGGGUGCAGAAUAUAUAUAUUGUCCAUCUGAGUCUUAGUGGCUGUGUUCAUAGGAUAAUUCCGCUCUUCCAAUCCCACUUAUCCUGCGUGACAAAUCACAAAUGUUCAGUGUCAACCAACCAUGUACCAGAUAUAACAGGUGUUCAUAAGUUACUUACAGAAGCAGUGCAUUAGCAGCAUUAGGGCAUUGUGCCAAAAAGAUAGGAAAUGCAUGAAAUGGCAUGACGAUAAUAUAUAUUAAGAGUUUAAUGCCCAAAAUGGUUAUUUAUACAUUUUGAUAAUGACCUAAAAGUGAUCCUUGAAAUGUGAAAUGUGUUUCCAUUUCGUCUGAAAUGUGCCAUAGCUUUCUUUAACUCUAUAACAUUAUUUUGUAAGUUGGUGUUUUUUCUUUUUUAGGUGAAUAUCUCAUGUUGGAACAAAACAAUCAAUGUACACAAGUAUCAAAUGUACUCACAACUCUCUCAAUGAUGCUUGUAAAAGAUUUUUUUUUUUUUUUUAAUGUUCCUUUCUAUGGAAAAGGGAAUGGUAUGUUUAAUAUCCUGAUCAUUAACAGUGACUGUAAUUAUCACAGUAUUAAAGCAGGACGGAUGCACACUGAGGGAUUCAGCUUUUUUGUUUUCCCACCUUAAAGUGUGCAUUGCCUCACUGUUUGUGUACACACACACACACGCGUACUGCACGCUAUAUGCACGGAGGCCAUUGUUGUGUUUCUCUUGUUUGAACCCCUAAGGCCUCGCAGCGCUGACCUUCUUCUCCCGUCUCUUGUUCUUUUCUGCCGCCCUGACUCCCGUCCCUCUGCUAAGUACUGUAUUAUGUACUCGCAUUCAGGGCGUAAGUCUGCCUGUCCUCAUUUUAGUGCCACUAAAAUGAAAGUUCCACUAACUUCUUAUCUGUUUUCUUCAUGGACCUGACGCAAUUCUUGAUAAAAAGCCAACUCGAAUGCUUUUAACUGGAGCAAAAAUAAUGCCUCUUAAAGAGAUAAUGAAUUAGUCAUCCGAUAAAGCCUUGGGACAGAUGUCAGUUUGGCAUCAGCUGACAACAUUUACUGCUCAAGGUCACAGAACAUUCCUUCCUGUCCUAAAGUGUCUUCAUAUGCCUUCGCCCGUCAAGUGUAUUCGUCACCCCUCUGAAUGUGAAUAUUAACGUCAAACUCUCCGACACGCGUCCGUCUGCCUGCAGUUUCUGUGUCUGUCCUCUGCAGAAUAAAAAAAACAACGACA